UUCUUCAGUUUGAAGGGUGCAAAAGCCAUUUAACUUGUUCCUACUUCCCCCCAGUAGAAAACAUUCUUGUGGAGACGAUGAGAGAGAGAGAGAGAGAGAGAGAGGAGGAGAAUAGGCGCCCACAAAAUUUUCUUUUCGAUCAGUAACGAGGAGAUGGAGACGAGAACGGUUCAAGUCGGGAAUAUCUCAGAUCUGGCCGGAGAAAGGGAGAUUCGGGAGUUCUUCUCUUUUUCUGGCGACAUCGAGCACCUCGAGAUUCGAGGCGACGCUGGUACUCCGAGGCUUGCGUUUGUUACAUUUAAGGAUCCAAAAGCGCUCGAGAUCGCUCUAUUGCUGUCGGGAGCAACUAUUGUAGACCGAAUUGUGAGCAUAGCUCCUGUUGAAAAUUAUGUUCCUACCGUUGAGCAAGUUGAGGCAAAUGAGGCAGAAUUUACAACUCCUUUUGGAAACAAUGUGACAUAUGUUGAGGGUAAAAAUAGUCCUAGCAGUGGACGGGUCUAUGUUAGUAAAGCUCAUGAUGUUGUCUCGAGCAUGCUAGCUAAAGGUUCAGCACUCAGACAAGAUGCUAUUAACAAAGCUAAAGCAUUUGACGAGAAGCAUCAACUAAGGGCUAAUGCAUCCGCAAAGGUUGUUUCUUUUGAUAAGCGGGUCGGCCUUUCAGAGAAAAUAACAGUUGGAAUCUCUAUUGUCAAUGAAAAAGUGAAAUCUGUAGAUCAAAAGCUACAUGUGUCUGAUAAGACUAUGGCUGCCCUAUUUGCAGCAGAGCAAAAGCUGAAUGACACUGGCACUGCUGUCAAGAGCAACAGGUAUGUAACUGCUGGAACUGCAUGGUUAAAUGGUGCUUUUGGAAAAGUGGCAAAGGCUGGUCAUGUUGCAGGCACCAGAACAAGGGAGAAGUUUCAAUUGGCAGUCUCAAAUUUAACAGAAAAGGAUCCGGUUGUUGCUGCAUAGAUUAGUCUGGUUUGUUUCAAUGCUCUGCACCUAUUAUAGAGGGAAUUGCUGUCGAAAUCGUCAGCAUGUCAUAUGGUGCAUGGGAAGACCCCAAGGCCACUCGGACAAAAAGUGAUGGCUAGUAUUGUUGAUUGCCUCACCUGGUGUUCUUUUAAAGUGACGUUUUCAUUUUUUUUUUCUAGAUUCUUUCUGUACCAAGAUUGAUAGGAGUGUCAGGUUUGGAUCAGUUUAACCGCUUGUCAUUGGUGUUGCGAGAGUAAAAAUGCAAUCUUUCUGGGCCAUAAUGUCUUAUCGUGUUCGAACACAAGUGUCAUUUGAGUCUUAGAAAUUGGUGUGACGAUGUUACAAUGAUCUGGUAAAGUAAGAUGCAAUCUUUCUGGAACACAAUGUAACAAAGGUGUUUUUUGUUUUGGGUUCGGAAAAUUUGGUAGGUUAAUGUCAUUAUGAUCCAACAAAUAAAUAGGAGGAAAAUUUGAUGAA